UCUAGCUGUGAAUAUCAGUUUUCCUCGGAGCGUUUUCUUCCCAAACUCCCAGGAUGAGUCUCCAGUGGGCAGCUGUGGCCACUUUUCUUUAUGCUGAAGUCAUCCUGGUGUUUCUCCUCUGCAUACCCUUUAUCUCUGCAACUAGGUGGCAGAGAAUCUUCAAGUCCCGUUUGGUGCAGCUCCUGGUGAUCUAUGGAAACACUUUCUUUGUUGUACUCAUAAUCAUCCUUGUCUUGUUGUUUCUUGAUGCCAUUCGCGAGAUCCGGAAAUACGAUGAUGUGACUGAGAAAGUGAACCUCCAGAACAAUCCUGGGGCUGUGGAGCAUUUUCAUAUGAAACUCUUCCGGGCCCAAAGAAACCUGUACAUUGCUGGCUUCUCAUUACUGAUGGCAUUCCUGCUGAGACGACUGAUCACUCUAAUUUCUCGGCACGCUACUAUCCUGGCCUCUAAUGAAGCCUUCAAGAAGCAGGCAGAAGGAGCAAGUGAUGCAGCCAAGAAAUAUAUGGAGGAGAAUGACAAGCUGAAGAAGGAAUUGAAGCUGGCAGGAGUGGAAGUGGCUGACCUGGACAUCAAAAGCAUUGGGGCUGAGGAAGAAAACCGAGCUCUGCAGGCUGAAGUCAAGAAACUAAAGGAUGAGCUGACUUCUACCAAAAGAGCCCUGAAUAAGGCAGACAACGAGGCAUUGGCUAUGCGCAAACAGGCUGAAGGAUUGACAGAGGAGUACGACAGGCUGCUGAAGGAACAUGCCAAACUUCAGGCAACUUGUGAAGGCCGAAAGGAUAAGAAGGAUGAAUGAUUCCUGUACCAGCUGCACUGCCCAGUCUCCAUCCUGUUCCUAAUUCCUGUACGUUUGUCUCUUUCUGGCGGUGGGACCUACCUGAAUCCUCUGUCCCACAUCUUAUCUACUCCUGCCCCUGUCCCCAAGCACCACCACCC